AUGUUACCCGGUCAAAGCGCUGAAGCGAAGAAGGGGAAGGCCACCCGCGUCAUGGCGUUAGUCGUAGAGAGGGCAAGGCGACGAAGAUUAUCAGACCAUAGUUUGGAUACCAAACUGGAAGUAGACCCUGUCUCCAGACCCGAGGAAGAUAUCAAACUGCAAGAGGACGGCAAUGACGCUCAGGGCAACAAGUCAGAGAUCUUGGAGCACGAAGGGGCGCCCAUUGGCAUCGAGGAAGCGCUCAAGAGUGCUAGUAAAUUCCCUCAGACUAGACCAUUGAUCGUUUCUGCUCUUAGCUACGGGGACACUGUCAGUACUUCACCUUCUUCAACAACCAGCUCUUGUCCCCCGAUGCUGGAGAGAGCCGAAAAUAGUGGGCUGAAGAUAAGACUGGCUUGCGCUUCGUCGCCCGGACUUUAG